CAAAGGACAACAGUCAACUUGGUUCUUUGUGGAUCAAUUAAAAUUGUAUAGGUGACCUUUUAGCUUUGUUGUUUUCUGUUUGACACCCCAACCUUACACUCAUGCGUAAUGCUGACAAACAAAAAUAACAAAUCCUUCAUUUAUUUUCCGACCUUCAAAGAGAUCUCGUCUUUUAUUGAACUCCUUUAACAAAGUCCUGAAGUUUCCAGUUUUACUCCCAGACAAAGAAAAGACCCAAUUUUCAUCAGAUAUUUUGGUUCUUACUCAGAUUCGAACUUCCCAGACUGGUUUGAAGUUUGAUACUUCGGUCGAAAAAAUGGUGAACGGAGCUGCAUUGGUAGCCAUUGCUGCCACAAUUGGCAACCUCUUGCAGGGAUGGGAUAAUGCGACCAUUGCAGGUGCGGUUGUUUACAUAAAAAAGGAACUCGAAUUGGGAGCCGCCAUCGAGGGCCUCAUAGUGGCUAUGUCCCUAAUUGGGGCCACAGCCAUUACUACUUGCUCGGGAACAAUAUCCGACUUAAUUGGCCGACGUCCAAUGCUAAUCCUCUCAUCUAUGUUUUAUUUCAUUAGCGGAUUAAUAAUGCUGUGGUCCCCUAAUGUGUAUGUUCUACUUCUGGCAAGGCUUUUGGACGGUUUUGGGGUGGGCCUUGCUGUCACUUUAGUACCUCUUUACAUAUCCGAGACAGCACCUUCUGAGAUACGAGGCUUGUUAAACACGCUUCCUCAGUUCACAGGCUCAGCCGGCAUGUUUUUGUCUUACUGCAUGAUUUUCGGGAUGUCAUUAUCGCCCUCGCCUAGCUGGCGGUUGAUGCUCGGAGUCCUUUUGGUCCCUUCUCUGUUGUAUUUUGGGCUGAUGGUAUUUUACUUGCCCGAGUCUCCUCGGUGGCUGGUGAGCAAAGGGAGGAUGCUGGAGGCCAAAAGGGUUUUGCAGCGCUUAAGGGGUCGGGAGGAUGUUUCUGGCGAAAUGGCUCUACUGGUCGAAGGCCUCGCGGUCGGCGGCGACACAUCCAUCGAGGAGUACAUAAUCUGCCCAGCCGAUGAGCAAAACGACCAAACUCCCACAGCAGCAGAGGAUGAGGAGCCGCCCAUCAAGCUCUACGGUCCCGAGGCCGGGCUUUCAUGGGUCGCUCGGCCCACCCAGGGCAGCGUCCUGAGCCUCGUCUCCCGCCAAGGAAGCGUAGCCAAUAAGAGCAGCAUCCCUCUCAUGGACCCUCUCGUCACCCUUUUCGGCAGCGUCCACGAACGACUCCCCGACGCCGGGGGAAGCACCCGCGGCAGCAUGCUUUUCCCCAAUUUCGGAAGCAUGUUCAGCAACGCCGACCCAUCUACUCUAAAAAACGAUGACUGGGAUGAUGACGAUGACAACGAGAGCAUGGGAAGGGACGAAGGGGAAGGAUACCCGUCCGACCUCGAGAACCCGGACAACCUGCACAGCCCGUUGAUUUCCCGACAGGCGACGGGGAAGGACGGAGGUGGGGCCCACGUGAGGAGGCACAGUAGCCUGGCUUGGCAAGGGGAAGGAGGGGCUGCGGGAACUGGGAUUGGUGGCGGGUGGCAGCUGGCGUGGAAGUGGUCGGGUAGGGAGGGGGAGGGGGGCUUCAAGAGGGUAUACUUGCAUGANGCUGCUCGAGCCGGGGGUCAAGCGGGCGUUGGUUGUUGGGAUUGGGAUUCAAAUACUUCAGCAGAAAUAAUGCUUGAAAUCGAAAUCGAAAUCGAAGGAGCAGAAAAUCCAAGCACGUUGCUGACAGAGGUGGCGUGUGGUUUUCGGCAGCCGAAUUUUUACAGACGGUCGAUCACCGAAGUCCACAAUCAGGGAAUAAAAAAAAUCCCUCAAUUUUCUGGUAUCAAUGGCGUAUUGUACUACACUCCUCAAAUUCUACAGCAAGCGGGUGUGGGAGUUCUUCUCUCUAACCUCGGCAUAGGAUCGGACUCUGCAUCAUUCCUCAUCAGUGCUUUGACUAAUUUCCUGAUGCUUCCAAGUAUUGCUGUUGCUAUGAGGUUCAUGGAUGUUGCUGGUAGAAGGUCCCUUCUACUGACAACAAUACCCGUCCUAAUAAUCUCUCUCAUCAUCCUCGUGAUUGGGAAUGUCGUGAAUCUUGGAAGCGUGGCCCACGCUGUAAUCUCGACUUUAUGUGUGGUGAUCUAUUUCUGCACGUUCGUGAUGGGUUACGGCCCAAUCCCAAACAUCCUCUGUGCGGAAAUAUUCCCGACUCAGGUCCGUGGAAUCUGCAUUGCCAUUUGUGCAUUGGUUUUCUGGAUUUGUGACGUCAUAGUUACUUACACGCUCCCUGUGAUGCUGGGCUCGAUUGGUCUCGGGGGCGUUUUCGGGAUUUACGCUAUUGUCUGUGCUGUCUCAUGGGUUUUCAUUUUCUUGAGGGUGCCUGAGACAAAGGGGAUGCCUUUGGAGGUUAUUACUGAGUUCUUUUCGGUGGGGGCCAAACAAGAUGGUGCAAAGGCGAUUGGUUUUUGUACUAUAGAGGAUCUUUUUUGGGAAGUUGCUGUACUAUCGCUAAAAUUUGAUGAAGAAGAUUCAGUGGUAUUGUACCUGACACGAUCUUUGGUCAACUGUGCAUUGUAUGAGCUCCCG